GAUCAAAUCAAAAACUUUGAUCAAUUUUUCAAAAUAAUUUAGCGAUCAUUCAAUCAAAAUAAGUAUUUUAUAAUUAUUGAUCAUUUUUGGCGCAUUUUUUGUUAUUUUUCUGUUUCAAUUUAUAAAAAUACCCGAAGCCAAGGUUGAAUGAUGAUGAGUCAUUUUCGUUGUUUCAAAAACUGUAAUCCGCGAUAGGAACGUAUAAUACUUCACAAGUUACAAUAUUCAAUCAGUAGUGAACAUUUUCACAUAAUUGUAACACCAUGGACGAGCUAAAAGGAAAAUUUUUUGAUUUAAUUCGUAAUCAUGGAAACAAUAACAAGGUGCCGAUAAUCGAUUAUGGGAACAGUUUGGAAUUGAGCUACGCUUCUCCUGUAAAGAGUGCAUCAGUUAAAGAACCGAGUUCUUCCAAAGAUCGCGACUCCAACAUGGACGAACAUAUGUGUUCCGAUAUGGACAUCCUGGAUACCAUUGAUAACGCUUACUUCGACGAAGCUUUCCAACCGGGAAGAUACGAAUUAGAGAAAUUGGACGGUAGUCUGGAAAUGGAAUUGAUCGAGAAUAAUCUGCAUAAAUUACAAUCUCAGCUCGUAGUUGUUUCUAAAAGAUUGCUGCAUAUGAUACUGGAAAAUCAAUCAGUGUGUCAAAAAGAAUUCAACAAAAUGCAAGAUCUACAGGAAAAAUUAUCCGAUACUUUGACUAUAUGCCAAAACGCUCGUGCUCAUUUACAUAAAGGUCAAAAAUCAUUCACCACAGCCAGUCUCGGUAUCUUGAGUAAUUAUCGGAAACGAAAAAUCAUACAAGAUCUGUUACGUUCUUUGAAUACCAUCAAGACCUUGUUGCAAACAGAAGCGAGAUUAAUCAAAUUACUAAACGAAGGGAAUUUCUCGGAUGCUAUAUCUCUACUUCUGGAAUGCCAGCAAGUUGCUGCCACUUAUAAACAUUUUCACUGUGUUGCUGCAUUAUCUGGAAAACUGCAGGAUACUCUUGUAGUGGCUGAGGAACAAUUGGACGUGGCGUUGGCCAAGAUAUGUUACGAAUUCAACGCUGAUGUAUAUGGUAGAUUACAAGCAGCGUAUUCGCAGCUGGGUAAAAGGCGUAUUGCAAUGGAUCAGCUACAUAUGCACUACACUUCUGCUAUUCACUCGGUGGCAUUCAACGUUAUACAUAGUUACAUUCCCGUCGAUAGCGCUUCUAGCACGAAGAAACCAUACGUCCAGUUAUGUCAGCAAGUCGAGGACGAUAAACUAAUCGCUUGUUUGUUACAAUUAUGCCAAACUUUAUGGGCUAUCUUACGUAGUUAUAAUCAAGUCGUCCGGUGGCAUAAUUUAAACCAAUAUAAAACCAUAGAUAAUGAUUUUGAGCAAAACAUCAACGAGCAGUAUAUUAAACAAAAACUAGAAGCAGGGCUAGGAAAACUGUGGCACGAUAUACAGAGUCGUGUCGCCAUAUUAAUCACCAAUUCUAACGUAGCUUGUUUCAAAUUCGAUGAUUUUCUCCAAGUAUUAGCCAUUUUGCAUAAAUUGGUUCAAAUUGGCGAGGAAUUCUGUGGAAGUGAUUCAGCUGAAAUACAGACUUCGAUUAAAGGACAAAGCAGUCAUUAUUUUAGAAAAUAUCAUCUUUCACGAUUGGAAGAAUUGAAACUGUUUUUAGAAAAUGAUGCAUGGCAUCCUUGUCCGGUUAAACCGAGUUUUAAUUUGCUACAUUUACAAGAAUUCAGGAAUUUAAGAAAUGUCGUGCAGAAUGCAUCUUUGAGAAAAUCUCACAAAAGGAACGAUUCUUUGGAUUGUUCGUCUUCCAGCAGUAGCGGUUAUUUUAGUAAAUAUGUCGAAAAUGGUACUCCAUUCGAUAUGUAUGCUGAAAUGGACUCUGCGCUUGUUGAAGAAGAUAUUUUAUUAGCCGAUGAUAUUAUUUCUGAUUAUUGCGCCGAAGACAGCGAUUAUGAAGACCAGAUACCAAAGAAUAAAAAUUACAGCGAUGGCGAGUGCAAUUUAAUUAGUAAGCCAAAGAAGAGUACGAUUUUAUUAACAAACACUACUCUAACGGUGUUAAGACACUGUGGAAAAUAUCUCCAAAUGAGUCGUCUAUUACGAUCCAUCACAUCAGAUGUGUUAUUCUGUUUGAAACAGUUAUUCGAAUAUUAUUUGUACGUAGUGAGUACGUUUUUCGCUAUUGAUAUGAAUAUGGUAACGCAUAGUAAUACGUCUUAUUCGACGCAAAAAUUAUUAGCAGUAUUGAAAAGAAUCGAGGAUAAUUUGAUCCGUCGCGAAGACGAGGAAGAUAAUCAGAAAAAGGUUUCAGCUCCCUCCAUCUCACCGACAGUUGACCUUCGUGAUCCAGAAACAUUGUUUGGACUAACUGAAAGAGUAGUUGGAGUAGAAUCGUUGAUAUUUUUAGCCGAGCAGUAUAAUUUUUUGAGAGACUAUCUGCAACAUCUGGUUGACGAUGAAAACGAUAAACAUUCUUUGGAAUUGUUUUAUUCGCAAGAAGUUUGUAUGGCGAUUGAAGUUCGAAAACCGAUAUACGGAUGCGUAGCGAGACAAGUUAUCGAUUCCAAACAUAUAUUGAGCUUGAUGGCUCGCGUUAAUUGGGAAGUAAAAGAUGUUAUUUGCCAACACAGUCAGUACGUCGAUGUUUUAUUCAACGAUUUACAAUUAUUCAUGACACGAUUGCAAUCCAUUAAUGCUUCUAUUCACAUUCCUGCCGACGUUAUCACCAGUUUAUGGCAUUCGUUUUCCGAAGUUCUGGCCGAGAUUUUUGUCGAAGGUUUUUCAAAUGCUAAAAAGUGUUCGAAUGGAGGCAGAGCGCUGAUGCAGUUGGAUUACACUCAGCUAAUGUGUAAACUAGAGGUUUUAUCUUCCAUUAAGCCGAUGCCCAAAAGAGAUUUCGUUGAAACCUAUGUGAAAGCGUUCUAUCUUCCAGAACCUGCAUUACAGACCUUCAUUCAGACUCACACCGAAUAUACCCCUAAACAGUUACUAGCUUUGGUGAAUUGUACGCUUUAUAACAACAAGAAAGCUCGACAAAAGUUGACCUCGAUUAUUGAAGAAAUGGAACGACGGUGAUGUUUCAAUGAAAGCUGUUGUGAUGUCACUUUCGAGUCUGAUUUUAUUUUUCGAGUAUCGUUUUUCUAUUUUUAUACAAAUCGAUCGAUAUCAAGUUCAUGUAUUUUAGUUUUUAAUCAAUUAAAUGUUUUUAUUACCAAUUUUUUCGUUGCAUUUUUCUUUUCAUUUGCAAUUUUAUUAUUACAAGGAUGGAUUGAGGAUUAUGAAUUUAUGAUUGAUGUCGUUUUGAGUGUAAAAAUCUGUCACAUUUUUUGGAGUGUAAACACGAGUGUUCGGUUUUGCGAGUUUUGCGGCCGUUGAACUCGUUGAAAAAAAAAUAAAAAAUUAAUUGAAAAAUUAUUACGUUUUGUUAAAUUGAAAAGUAAUUACUUGGUAAUUAUCCUGUAAAUAACAACAACACGUUUACAUUCAAUCAAGCAAGAGAAAUUUUUAUUUCGAAAUUUGGUCACACUGAUUGCUCUCUAAUCAAAAAUAUUCCUUCUGACAUUUUUUAUUGCGUAAAUUUGCGAAUUUGUCAUUUGUGUUUAUAAUUCAAGUUCGUCUAAGGUUAUUCGGCAUAAAUUCUAUUAAAUUAAAGUUGUAAAAUGUUGGUUUCAAAGAUUACAUCGCGUUUAGGCGCAAGAAAAGGAAUCAACGUGAUGCAGAAACGAACAUUCGAAUCGAAAUGGGAUGACCCCCAUCAGGCAUAUACUGGCACAGGAGGAAAUUUGCCAUUCAACAUUUUCUGCAAUAGGUAUGCUCUGUUGUUCAAAGCUUUUGUUUUCUGCGGCUCCGCAUUCUGGUAUCCGUUCAUCUCCUACCAUUACCUGAGAGUGAAAUCGAUGCGUUGAACAUCAGUCUCCACAAUUAGCUAGUACUUCGUUUAUUACUUUAAUCAUACGAAGAUUGUCAUAUAAGAACUCGAUUGCGGCGUAUUUUUAUACCGAUGGAAUGUACAUGAUUGUAAUUGUUGAAGAAUAUUUGUAGCGAUAUUUCCAUUGUAUUGUGCAGUAUGUUUAAUUAUAAUGUUUAAUUCAA